AUGGCAGGAUCCCACAGCCCUGCAUCAGAUCCUGUGGACCUCGAGUGCCAGCAAUUGCGAUCCCAGCUGGCAAAGAGCCAACAGGACUACUGGGAGCUCAAGGAGAAGUUUCUCAUAGCUGAGGCCACAAACUUUGCCCUGGCCAAGGAGCUGAAAAAAUACAAUUGUGAGAAGUUUAAAAACAUCAUUGAGUCCAUACUGACCAAGAAGCUCCACACUGAGGAGGCGCUGGCAGAGAAGCCCACAGUCCCAGAGCUGCUCAGGCAUUGCCGUGGUAUCCUUGAAGAUCAGGACCAAGAACUUUCCCAGUUACGUCCCAAGGUCCAAAGGGGGAGAAAUCUAGCCCACAUCUUGCAGCAGUACCUGAAGGACGUGCUCACCGUGCAUGACCCUGAGACCUGCAAGGGGCAGGGCUUCCGACGACUACUCACUGAGGCUGUCCGGCUGUCAGCGUGCCUUGAGGACCUGCUUGGAGCAGAAAAUAUUGAAGAGGAGGAAACACCAGCACAAGGACCUGUUGCUGACAGGGAGCUCCCAGAGGAGCAAGAGCGGGAAGACACAGAAGAUUCGCUGGAUGAGUGCUACCUCACUUCUUCGAUUUCUCUGGUCGUUUCUGAGCUUGACCAUUCCACGUGGAGCAGCUGGUGCCCCCUGGAGCAUCAGGACGUGCUCUCUCUUCCAGAUGCAGAUGAAAAGGAAAAUGACAAUGAUGAAGUGCAAGAGGAAGCACAAGCCCUGUCACACUCCAGUCUCAUCAGAGAGAUUCCAGAGAUUGAAGAUCAAGAUGUCUCACAAGACUCUCACGAAAAUCAAUAUAACGAAGUGGAUUUGCAAGAGCAAAAUCUCACAUACACUUCCAGUCUCUUCUGGGAUAUUCCAGAGAUUGAAGAUCAAGAUGUCUCACAAGACUCUCACGAACUGAGUUUGGUUGCUGCCCCUGAGAGGAAGACCCGUUCCCAGCUGGAGGGAGGUCCUCACAAAGAUCCCAUCACCAGCACCUGUGAGAGUCAGAGUAUCAGCCCCAGCGAUGUCCCGAGUUCCCCAAAAGAAAAUGUUAUCAAAGGAAAACAGAAGCCCAGGAAAUGGGAACUGGCCUGCCAAUUCCCUGGCCUGGAGAAGAAGGGCAAACCACAGACCAACAUAUCCCAAAUACAGUUGGAAGGACAGAACAGUAUUGCUGAUUGUAACAUCCCCACCUCUUCAAAACAUCUAACACAGGAGCUCCGCUUCAACAGCAACCAGAACACCAAGAACACAAUUUCAACCCCAUGA